AAAAAAACAAUUAGACAGCAGCAGCGGUGCAUCCACUCUAUUCGGAUAGGAGACUACAGUAAACUACAAAGUAUUCGACUAGGAAUCUAAUAAAGUUGAUGCACCGCGAAUUCAUAUUAUACUACGAUUGAUUCUCUUAACAGAUAGUCGAUGAUUAAAACAGCUGCAGGUCACUCCUUCAAAAUAAUCAGCAUUUAAAACGAAACCCGCGAGUUUUGCGGCAUCCGGCUGACGGCUGUAGAAAACACUUUGUUCGUGCCAAUUUGAAAUGAUAUAGUUGAGUUAUGAACGACGAAAAAAUGAAUUCACAUAACAUUGAAGCAGAAUAUAUGGACAUUGCGAAUAGAAACGCUUGGCCGAUCAUCUACCAGAAAAUUGGAAGAGAAUGUCAAUCCUACCCGUAUACAUGCCUUGAAGCUAAAAAACCUCAAAACAAGCCAUUAAAUCGUUACCGGGAUGUAAACCCAUAUGACCAUAGCCGAGUUGUCUUGACUCGUUCUGAACGUGACUAUAUCAAUGCAAAUUUAGUAAAGAUGGAACGUGCAAACCGGAAGUAUAUACUGACUCAAGGGCCGCUCGCUUUCACCGUCGGUCACUUUUGGCUGAUGGUCUGGGAACAGAACAGUCGCGCAAUCCUCAUGCUGAAUAAGAUCAUCGAGAAGAACGAGAUCAAAUGUCACUGGUACUGGCCCCAUGGUGUCGGCGAGGACGAAAAGUUUGUCCUCUCCGAUGUCAAACUAACCGUCGAACAAAUAAGCGAGGAGGAUUGCAACUAUUACACUACCCGUGUUUUUAGAAUCUUCGACAUGGAGAGCUCUGAAAGUCGUGAGGUCAUACAGUUCCACUACACGACGUGGCCCGACUUCGGUGUCCCUUCUUCCCCUGUGGCUUUCCUGGAGUUCUUAAAGAAGGUCCGCUCGUCUGGCGCCCUGGACCCUGAAGUUGGCCCACCCGUCGUACACUGCAGUGCUGGUAUUGGACGAUCAGGAACGUUCUGCUUGGUCGACUCCUGUCUUGUUAUUAUCGAAAAGGAAGGCAUGGAAAGUGUGAACAUACAGCAGAUCCUUUUAGAAAUGCGCAAGGAUCGCAUGGGCUUGAUACAGACGCCGGAUCAGUUACGUUUUUCAUAUCAGGCCAUCAUCGAAGGCUUCAAACGAUUCAAUCCUAAUUUCAAGGAGGAUCCAAAAAUGGAAGAGAGUAUAUAUUCAACAGUCGCCGAGGAGAACGAGGAGGAAGCGCCACCACCACCGCCACCGAGGGCCGAGAGCCUCACCAGGGCUCCGGCCAGGCCCUUGCCCGCUAUACCCACCAGUGCUUCACUUGGCAACUUGAACUAUACACGUUCGCCAGAGGGCUCUAGCUCGGACGACGAGCCGCCGACGCCUCCAGCGCGCGAGUGCUCCUCCCCGGCCUCUUCUGCCGACGACGAGGACGAUGAGCCGAUAUCAGUUACUGAAAGCGGCGAGAACGGCGAGACGCUGCGACGGCGCCGCACCCGCGAGCUCGCCGAGCGCGUCUCCGUGAUGAAGAAACGUGCGCGCGACGCCGAGAGAUGGCACGCCCUCAAGAGGUUAAAAUCGGAGGAAAACUCUAAAACUGAACCAUGCGAAGACUGAAGAGAUUAGGUAACAAACAUUUUUAGAGAAAUUUUAUGCGAAACAUUGAGAUAUAAAAGUAUUAACAUAUCUUUAUUAUUUAAAUUUUUCGCUUGUUUUAAAGAUGAUUUAAUUCCAUACAAGCGGUUGAAACGAGAUCACAUGAUUCCUAGAUUAUGAUAUUAGUACUGAGAUUUUUAGAACAUGCAUCUGAAAUCGUAUCUUCAAUAGAAUAAAUUAACAACAUCCGUCCCGAAUUCAUAAAAGAACAGUUCAACUAAUCCAAUAACAUUAAGACAACCUGACCGUUACAUUGAAUUCACUUCAUUUAACAUAACUUAGACUGCUAUAAUGACACCAAUACCACUAGAUCUAUACAAAUAAACUUAGUGUUAAGAAAACUCGUACAAUAUAAUAUCAGAUCUUAGCAAAUCAAUGAAGUCAGGAUUUUUGACGGAAUUUGUUUUUUGGCGUAAUAAUAACAACACUUAUAUUGUUAAAUAUAAUUUGCUUAUGUAUAUGGAAUAUAUCGUAGCUAUUGCAGCAAAUAGACGUGCCUACACAACUAUUAGACUAAUAAAGGGUUACUUACUAGCUUAAGUAAAAAUUGUAACGAAUGUUAGAUUGUGUUGAUAAGCUCCCAGUUAAUAAGUAGGUUAAUCUAGUGUUUAGCGAGCUGUCUUAGCUUGGGCUCGAUAACGAUAUCAGAACAUUAUAGUGCACACAAUUUGAUCGCCGAUUGAUCGUCGUACUACAUUGUACCGACAUUAAAAUUUAUAAUUAUCAGAUAGGAAUUACAGUAACGUCAAGCGGACACGUUAUGGAUAUAAUAGAAAUAUUUUUAUAGUGCAAUUUUGGUACAUUUAUCUCAGAUUAAUGUUAAGAUGUCUGAAGUUGAAGAAAAGCGGUCGUGUUCAUUGGAAGCACUUCCGCCUUCUGCUAUCUCAAUACGAUUCACUUCCGCUCGCUCCGUUUCACUAAUCGAGUAUUAUGAAUUUGAUUGAAUUUUGUUGCAAUGUGAUUGUUUAAAAAUUACAUCGAAUAAUAAUGUAGAAAUAUUUUUACACGGAAUUGCCGAUCUAGUACUUCAAUGUUUGCAUGGUAAAUGUGAGAGUGUAAAUAAUAUAAAGUAAACGAGUGAAUAUUAAAUUAUUUAUUUAGGUCUUAUUUUUUGUAUCAGAAAUUAAAACCUAUAUUGGGGAAACAUUUUUUAACAAAUUAAUACGUUGUCGCGGUUAUUUAUUACCAUGCUGGGGUAAUUUUUUUUUUGUAACCUUUCGAAAUGAAUGUUUUAGUUACAAUGUUCGACUCAAUUAUACUUUAAAAAUCACUGUUAGGGAUUGAUUAUUAAUUUUGUCGAUAAUGAAUUUCAUCGUAAAUUGUUCAGUGCUUUAUCUAUAAAAGCAGACAUGCAGAGUAACUUUAACAUUUUUAAUAUUAUAAUGAAUAUUUAGUAGUAGAAAAACUCAUCCGCCGGCUGGCGAGGUGCGCACGCCUUUGUCGGGCACUUUAGCAAUAAUCUUCGUAUGAUGAUGCUCCGACUUGACUUAACGAAUCGUUUAGCACUAUUCAAACGACGUGCCUUAUUCAAAGUUCUAUCUUUUAUAUUAUACCUGAGAUUUAAUAUAGGAUGUAUCGUUAUACCGGUUGACAUGUAUUAUGUGAUUUAUUUUCAUGUUCUGGCCAACAUACAUAACAUUACCUAUACAUAACAUAGGUUUAAUAAUGGAACACAUUCUUGCCAAUUAUGUUAAAGUAACAUAAUGUUAUUUGUUAUUGUACAAAAUCAAAAUAUUUCCCCAUUAAAGGCAUGCAAUUGAUUUGCACAAACAGAAAACUAUACUUUGUUUUGUCGUUGUGAGAUAACUGAUAAUAGAUAAGCCAUCUGUCACGGAUCACGAUUAAAACCGUUGGCAGCUUAUUGUGGUUUUCACGCUUAGGAUUGCACCGACAUCUUUAAUUGUUGUAUUUUAAUUCUUUAUCUGUGGACAAAGCAAACCUCUAAUGUUACAUUAUUAUACUGAAGGCAUAAGUUCACAAUUUGCAAGCACGUAAAAUAUAGCAAUGAAUGAGUUCGAGAAUUUUUAUAAUUGUAUUUAAACUUUAUAAUGUAUAUCUAUAGCAAAAUUAUUAUCCCUCAAUUUAAUGUUAGACUUUAGGCAUUUCUCUUCAAAAUAUCUACUAUUAAUUAAAUGAUACUAAUCAGACUAUUAAUAAUAAUUAAUUAACUUAUUACUCAUUUGUACAUUGACAGAUGGUUUACUAUAUUAUAAUUAUUUAAGUUAGAUUUUAGUCUAAUAUAUAUAAAAAUAUAUAUGAAUAAAAUUUAGUCAAAAAUUAUAA